GAGGCGCGGAGCGCGGCCGGGCGCGGCGGCGCCACCACAAGUUGCGCUGCUCGCGGCGAGGCUGGAACCUAGAAUGUGACCCCAGAUAGCCUGCGCCGAGCUUUUUCCACCCGCGCCCGCACGCCGGUGCAGAAGCAGCCUCGUGCCCGCCCCAGCUCUCCAAGAAGUGGAAAGCUUUUCUCAGGUAAUUGAAGGUAGAAGAGAGGCCGGAAACUAAACCCUCAAAGGAAGAAGGGAUCUGCCUGCCUUUGGCUCUGAGCUGGUUGCCGCAGACUGGUCGCCGUUUCUAUGAUUGGAUGCUGGGAAGCCCACUGGUCCCAAGGUCUACACAUGAAGUCACCGUAAAGAGGGUGGCUCCCGCUUCGUAAAGACCUCAUCGCCGCGAGGUGAGGCUAAGAUGAGCAUAACCAGUGACGAGGUGAACUUUCUGGUGUAUCGGUAUCUCCAGGAGUCAGGUUUUUCCCACUCGGCUUUCACGUUCGGGAUCGAGAGCCACAUCAGCCAGUCCAACAUCAAUGGGACGCUAGUGCCACCAGCUGCCCUCAUCUCCAUCCUGCAGAAGGGGCUGCAGUAUGUGGAAGCUGAGAUCAGCAUCAAUGAGGAUGGCACAGUAUUUGAUGGCCGCCCCAUAGAGUCCCUGUCCCUGAUCGAUGCUGUGAUGCCCGAUGUGGUGCAGACACGGCAGCAGGCGUUCCGGGAGAAGCUCGCCCAGCAGCAGGCCAGUGUGGCGGCCACGGCGGCGGCGGCGGCAGCGGCAGUGGCAGCAGCAGCAGCGACAGCAACGAUGGCGACAGCAGCUGUUUCCCAGCAAAAUCCACCAAAGAACGGAGAGGCCACGGUGAAUGGGGAGGAGAACGGAACACAUGCAAUAAAUAAUCACUCAAAACCAAUGGAAAUAGACGGAGAUGUUGAGAUUCCACCCAACAAAGCCACAGUCCUUCGGGGCCACGAGUCCGAGGUGUUCAUUUGUGCCUGGAACCCUGUCAGCGAUCUGCUGGCUUCCGGAUCCGGAGACUCCACGGCGAGGAUAUGGAACCUGAAUGAGAACAGCAGCGGGGGCUCCACGCAGCUCGUGCUGAGGCACUGUAUCCGGGAAGGGGGCCACGAUGUCCCCAGUAACAAAGACGUCACCUCGCUGGACUGGAACAGCGACGGAACGCUAUUGGCUACAGGUUCGUACGACGGUUUUGCAAGAAUAUGGACGGAAGAUGGUAACCUGGCCAGCACCUUAGGCCAACACAAAGGCCCCAUCUUUGCCUUGAAAUGGAACAAAAAGGGGAAUUACAUUUUGAGUGCUGGUGUAGACAAAACAACAAUAAUUUGGGACGCCCACACAGGAGAAGCCAAACAACAGUUCCCGUUUCAUUCAGCGCCCGCUCUCGACGUGGACUGGCAGAACAACACUACCUUCGCCUCCUGUAGCACGGACAUGUGCAUUCACAUCUGCCGGCUCGGCUGCGACCGCCCAGUCAAGACCUUCCAAGGACACACGAACGAGGUCAACGCCAUUAAGUGGGAUCCCUCGGGAAUGCUGCUGGCGUCCUGCUCAGAUGACAUGACAUUGAAGAUCUGGAGUAUGAAGCAGGACACGUGUGUCCACGACCUUCAAGCCCACAGCAAGGAGAUCUACACCAUCAAGUGGAGCCCCACCGGGCCAGCCACCAGCAGCCCAAACUCCAACAUCAUGCUGGCGAGCGCUUCGUUCGAUUCUACGGUCCGGCUGUGGGACGUCGAGCGAGGCGUCUGCAUCCACACGCUGACCAAACAUCAGGAGCCCGUCUACAGUGUAGCUUUUAGCCCCGAUGGGAAGUACCUGGCCAGCGGCUCCUUCGACAAGUGUGUCCACAUCUGGAACACUCAGAGUGGGAGUCUCGUCCACAGCUACCGAGGCACCGGUGGCAUCUUCGAGGUGUGCUGGAAUGCCCGAGGUGACAAAGUGGGUGCCAGCGCGUCUGAUGGCUCUGUGUGUGUUUUAGAUCUGCGGAAGUGACCACAAAACGUUACAGAAAAAAGAGAAAAGGAAGUCUAAUGGACCAGCAAGGACUGUGUGAGGUUGCAGCACUCUCAGACCAAUUCCGCCAGCCCCCGCACUGUCCGAACUGACUUUUGUGUUAGCGUGUGCUCCGAAAUCAGCUCAUCCCUGGCCACAGGAGUCUGUAUCUUCUUUGUAAUCUUCAUCGAGAAGUUAAAAAAAAAAAAGCAAACAAAAGAAAAAGCAAACACAGUGUCAUAUCAAGGGGGGAAGGGACGGUUCCCACCGGGGACAUGCAGCCUGGGGAACACGGAGCCACCGGCUGGAUGCGCCCAGUUUGGUUUCCAUCUGCAACAGGCUCUGUGAGGGCUGAACAGAACAGAAAACAAUUUUUAAAAGCUGUGCUAAAAAAAAAAAAAAAAGAAAAGAAAAACGCUGUGAUAAACCUACCGAAAGGGGAAGAACGACAGAAAAAAAACCUCCUCCUUGCUGUGGCGUUUUUUUGUUUUGCUUUGUUUCCCCUGACAAUUUGGACACUACAGUUGCUCUCGCAGAGGAUGUUCAGAGACCAGUUUGUACUGAUGAAACGCGCAGCUUUGUAAUCCCAACGCUUUCUAUUUUCUAGAAUCUUCUUUGUUGGGUGGUUUUUCCGUCAGCUGGAAAUCUGUUGCGGGGGGGGGGGCGGUCCUGCGGUCUGAGAUGGAAACUGUUUUGGGUCUGUCGCGCCUUCCCUCCGUCGCACACCGCCUCUCCCCUUUGUCUGGUGAGGUCUGGCUUUCCCGUGCACCCUCCGUAGGCACAGCCACAGGGACAGACGACAAAAUCUCUGGGGGACAGCUUCCCCCAGCUCCACCCUCCCGCCCCACCGCCCCCUGCGUGCCCUCCCUCCCUCCCUCCCCCUUUCACAUAGUUGCUUCAGAUCUGAGGUCUCAAGGGCACUUUGGGUGCAUAAUAAGUGCUUUAUGUAAGAAGGCAGGGCCAGGGAACUUUUUACUGGAGAAAAAAAAAUGACUUAUAAGAGAAAGAGCCUGGAGUAUUUUUGGAAAAAAAAAAAUAUUUUUAUGUUAAAACAAUUUUAAAAUCCUAAAAUGGCCAUCAGACAGAGAGAGCUUUGUGUGAUUCGUAUUUUUAAAAGAAUUUAAGAAGACACAGGUAGGGUCUACGGAAGCUUUUCCCUCCCCCCUCAGCUUUGUGAAAGGUGGUCCGGAAAGCGCUGGGUGGAGGUGGCCCUGGGUGACAGCGUGCCCGUCCCGCAGCCAGGGAGGACCACCCCAGCCCCUGGGGUGGGAAGAACGGUGUGUGUUUGCCGUGGCAGCCGGCAGGACGGCAGUGACAACACUGUGCGUUCGCACCACGAGGAUGCAUCUCCCCAAGCAGAAGGUCUUGGAGAACCAUCUAAGCCGACAGCUCGCCGGUUCCACCCGCCAGCCACGCCUCGUCCACAGCAGGGCAGCCACCGUGGUCGCUCCACCGAGAGCAUGCUCGGCCAGUCCUUGCGCGUCCCACGUAAAGGCCCCAGCAUGUCAUGGCACUUGGUCUAAUGAUGACAAAAAUGAGCGAGGAAGGAAGAUUUUGCAGUCCUGAAGGUGAAUUCCGUAGCUAGAACGUCACUAAAAAUUUCUGCCGUGUUUAUAAUUUCUUUCUCUCACAAGAGACUAGGAGAAAGAUUCUUUUUUCUAAAUAAUGAAUCUUUUUACUGUUUUUGAAAAAAAUUAAACAAGGUUUUGUGUUCCUAGAAGAGCUUCCUUUCAUUGGAUCAGGUGACCUUUGUACUCUCGUCAUAACCCCACACUGACUUAUUUUUUUUAAAUUAGCAACCAGGGAACAGUCCAAAGACAGGCUGUCUUCUCCCGUGGGCUGUCCUGCGGGCCGAGGAGGGGCCGGGAGGUUGGCCAGGCGCGUGGGGGCUGCUGAGUCGGCGGGCAGUGGGUAGGGUUCAGUCGGUGUGUGUUCUGGCGGCAAAACAGGGUGUUAUCAGAGGGUGGCAUCCAUCCACAGAGCUGAAAACCAGCCGUCGGGGAAGGGCCAGGGCUUCCUGCGGGACUAGGAGUGUGCCGGGACCAGCUACAAAAGCCAGGGUGCGUUGAUCGUUCUUAGAUAACCCAUUGGCCUCCACUUGGGUAUGUGAAUUCUUCCAGCCCCAAAAGACCAAAAAGCUGCUCUGUUUCCGAGAUGAGUAUUUUAUUCAGGCUGUUUCCCAAACACUUAGCAAAGAAAGCCAAAGUCACAUGGCGUUGCCGUGCCCACCUUUGAGGAUAGCAGGCAUCCCCGGAGGAGUUGACAACUUCCUGCCCCGAGGACUCAGUAGGUUUGGGGGGUACAGUUUAUGGGGUCCCAGGUGAAUACCAUCUUUACCCCUCCCCAAAUAAAAGUGCAUUCAUCUCUACUGAGUGUCAGCUCUCAGAGGUCAGCCCAUUUUGGGGGGCACGGCUCGUGUGUCACCAACCAGGACACUGCGGGAUGGUGCUGGUCGUCACAUGCACCGUGAGGGUUCACCAGACAAUCUGCGCACGAGUGUCGGUCGCCAGGGUCUCCCCGGAGUGUUGGCUUUAGCGUUUGCAAUGUGAGCCACAUCGGAACUGUCAGGUCGGUGCCUGGGGCUGGGAGACUUUGGACCCCGGGCUCAAUCCCUGUGCCCAGGAGGGACCCUCAGAAAGACGAAGGGAGACGGUCUGCAUCCCGCCUUCCCACCUGCCACUGGGCCGCAAGGGGGGCCGAGUGACAACGCAGCCAGCGCCCCUCAAAGCCACCCGCACUCGGCAAAAGCCGAUCCCAGAGUGUCCGGCGUCUACACACCCUCCUCCACCCUCGCAGCUGCCAGAACGUUGGCUGACUCAUCUUUGUCACCAAGGGGGUGGCCUGUCUGGAAUGUUUUUGUUCAACGUUCACCUUAAAAAUUGGCAAGGAGAGCUUGAGUGUUAGUGACCAAACUUAACCUGGAAAGCAGGCGUAACGCGACUGUCCUUGCCGCAGUCUCUGGUCGGCUUUGAAGUGGCCGAGAGCUGCAUGCGGCACACACCUGGGAAAGGGCUGCUGCCCGGGGACCAGACGGCCGGACGUGACGGGGCGCAGCCCUCUGACCCCACGACCCCAUAGGGCCGGACUUUGUUCUGUCUUUCUAGAACUAGAUCCUGGAGCCAAGUGAAGUGGACUUUGUCAAAUGUUAGGUUCUGCUUCGUUCCUCAUUGUUUUUCUCUUUUAACCUUUGGUCCCACCUUUUUUUUGUUUUAAUCGUGUUUCUUGUCCGAUGCAGAAAUGUACCUUCCGCCACUCGCUGAAGUUUUGAAUUCUGGCUUCUGUGGUUUUUAUUGUCUGUGUCAGACGUACAGCCAGACGUGGUCUCUGUCAGCGUUUUCCAGAUUCUGUUCAAACGACAUCGACCCCAUUGCGGUCUCCCCUCCACUCGUGCUCACCCUCAUGCUCUUUGGGAAAAAGAAAAUCACCUUGUGUGUUGUAGCUCAUUUGUUUCAAGAGAGAAUCAACAGAUCAUAUUCCGUGUCUUGAAUAAAUUGCUUUAUUUUGAUACUAGA